CAUUCAGUCAGAUUAUAGUUCAGGGGAUAGAUCGCUCUCUCUGGGUCUCUUGACCAUCAUACCACCACACUUAGACCUGUGUCUGCAAGGUCUCGUCUCACUUCACAGCUGGUGAAGGAGUAGGCCUGCCCCUCGUUCGCGGCUCAAAAUACCACCUCACACCUCCGUCACCACCCUUCCAAGGACACGGACACCGUCGGGAUGGAGUGCAUUCUCCACAAGUACUUUCCAAAGCGCUACCUGACGUUACUGGAGUACCUGUAUCGCACUCCUUCCGGCGCCGGCCUCACAAGAGAUGCCCAACCGCCCAACGUCCUCCUAUUCAUCGGUGGCUUGUACGACAGCUUUCGCAGUCCGGGCUACGUCGACGAUCUUGCUACAUUGUUUCCUCGAAACGCACCGGAUCAGAAAUGGCGAGUGAUGCACGUCCAACUAUCGUCAGCCGGCAGAGCCUUCGGCAUCUUUGACCUCAAUCGCGAUGUGGAAGAAAUCAGCCACGCGAUAAGCUACAUCCGUGAGCACGUCACACGGUCCUCGACCACGCCCGUGGUCAUCAUGGGCCACUCUACGGGAUGUCAGGACGUGAUGCACUACCUCACCAGUCCUCCAGCCUCGUCUGCAUCCGCAUCCGCAUCAUCUCCAUCGUCGUCCUCCUCAUCGUCGCCGCGGCCACGUUCGGUCAUCUCAGGUGCGAUCAUGCAGGCGCCGGUGUCCGACCGUGAAGCCAUCCUGGACGAAAUCAACAAGAAGCCCGACGUCAGGGAAUCCUACGAGGAGGCACUGGCCACGUGCGCGUCGACUCCUGCCGCCAGACACGCCACCACGAUCCUACCCACCCACGUCACCAAGGACAUUGUGGGUCCGGCGCCCAUCAGCGUGUCACGCUUCCUCAGCCUGGCCUCGCCCGACUCCCCGGCCCGCCCUUCCAUCGACGACUACUUUUCCAGCGACCUGUCGGACGAGCACCUCCGGACGACCUUUGGGCGAAUCGGCUCCGUCGAUUUCUUCCAGCCGUCGCCGCCGCCGGACCCGAGGGGCUUGCUGACGACCAACAGCAGCGACAGCGACAAAAAGACAAAAAGCGUGCUGAUCCUCGAAUCCGGCAGCGACGGCGCCGUGCCCGCGUACAUUGACAAGCACCAGCUCAUCGCUCGUUGGAAGGGCGCCAUCGAGGCGGGGAGCGACGGCAGAGCCACCUCGUCCUCUCAUUCCAUGGUCGUCCCGAACGCCGUCCACGACAUCUCAGGAAGCACCGUCCAGGCCCGGACCGCGCGCCUGAUCGACAUGCGCGGUGCCGUGCUGCGGUACCUCGAGGACGUCGUUGGCGACGUCGGCCACGAGGCCGAUCCCUCGGGACCCUGGCCGAUAUGGCAGCACGACAAGAAGGCCAUCGAGGCCGAGGCGGGAUUGAGUGAUGUCAAGCUAUAAAAAUGUUAACUUUCAAGAGUAUCUACAAUCAAAAUUCUCGUGCUUUCGGAAAGUCAUAGAGUUGGUGGUUAUUUUCUCCGUGCUGUAAAUAGCAUCUAGAGAGAGAGAAAAAAAAAGUCCAAAAAGUCAACGAGUGCUGACCUUUCUCAGUAUCCUCCUACUUUUGAAUAGAUCAAGGUACACAGCACAGUCUGGAUCAACAUGAUUAGUAUCAUGAAUUUGGUUAUUUCGUAUAUUCAUCUCGGAUUUGUGUGUACUUUUUCCCUCGUCACAUAUUAC